AUGAAGCGCGUGGUGGCCUUGAUCCCGGUGGUGUCGGCUGCGGCCUGCCAGUGCGAUCGCUAUCGCUGCAGGACGGAGGAUGCCGAGUACGUCUACGCGCUUGAAGAGAUGCCAAGUCAAGAGAUGAUCGAGUGCAUGCAAGCCAACAGAGCCUACACACCUCGAGGCGAUUGCAAGUAUUGCUCCUCGUGCGAUGGCAAUGUCUGCGAGUGUCAGGGCAGCAUGGCCUGUGACACGUUGCUGCCAACGGCGGCGGCCGUGGUGUGCAUUGUGCUGGGGUUGAUGCUUUGCCUCUUGGGCGUACGUUCCACGUGUUCGUGGUACAAGAGGCACUACAGGGUCAAGCCCUACGAUGAGUGCGAAGUGCGAACUUGGGAGAGGAAAGCCAGUGUCGCCAUUGGUCUUCCCUGCUGUGGUGCAGUGCUGUUCAUUGGCGUUGGUAUCCUCGUCUGGAUGUCUCCUAGCAUCCUUGACCAGGCAGGCGGAUUUGCCCUCGGCGGAUAA